GACUUGACACUGAGGAGAAAUCAUAUAAAAUCUCAGACAGAACUUCGACAAUUCACUUUGUGGCUGCUGCAGUUAUAUUAUAUUAUAUCGUUAAAUUCAUUGAAGAAGAAUACUUGGCAGAUCGAACUUUUUGCCGCUAAAUAAUUCAAGAAAAUCUUUCAAUCCGACGGUGAAAAGGGAGACGCUUUAGAAUUAUGGACCCCAGUAAGUCAGCGACGGCUCCUCCACCUGAGUGGGCUGGCGAGAAGUCCACCAUGGGACAUAUGCCCCCUCCGCCCUACCAGGACAACGCGAUCAUGGGGUACCCUCAGCCCGUCAUGGGAUACCCCCCACAGCCACAGGGCUAUGGAGCUCCGCCGCAGUAUGGUGGUGCCUUUGGGCCGCAGCAGCAGUACCCCGGAGGCCAGCAAACCACCGUCACAGUCCAGCCCACCGUCUACGUGACCCGAGGCCCGCUGGCUGUCCCAGUGAACGACUACUUGUGCUACUCCAUCUUCACCCUGCUGUGCUGCUGCCUGCCUCUCGGAAUUGCCGCCCUCAUCUACUCCAUCUCUGCCCGUGAAGCGAACCACGCCGGGGACCAGGCUUCGGCGGAGCGGAGCAGCAGGAUGUCCAAGAUACUGAACCACGUGGGUCUGGGACUCGGCAUCGGGUUCAUCGUCCUUUGCAUUGUUUACGCUGUGGUUUUGGCAAAUUAGUCGCAUAUCGGCUUCAUCAUCUUUAUUAUAUUUCUAGUACCAGUACAUAGACCACGCGGGAAACAUUCCUGGUCACCAGGAAGAGUUUUUUAGCUAAAAACUUGUAACCCCGGGCCCUGCCUGGUUGCCAGAAAGUUAUUGAUAUAUAACCAACAAUUUAUGGCCGUUUUAGAGUGUAACCAGUACAACCUUCCAAAGAUUCAUGUUUCUUCCACCUUCCUUGCUUUGUAUGUUAUCACACGUCAAACAUAUCUAUAUGCAAAAAUAUUUUGCCAACUUUGAUGGCUUAAAAGGUCGCAGUUUUUCACAAAUUAUAGUAUUAUUAAGGGUUUUAUAUUUUGCGUUUGAGCAGACUUUAAUGGAACUGUUGGCUGCAAAAUAAAAUUGUGUGUUGUUUGUCAUGCAAUGUCUUUAUGUUCUUUUAUUAGAAAAGUACGAUUCACUGUGUACCAGAUUUCUUUACAAAAUAAAGUGAAUAUAUUGAGAGGAAACAAACAUUUGUGCUGUCUACU